AUGGCCGCAAACUUAGCCACUAACGUAAAAGAAGUAUUGGAAGGUCAUCCAGUCGAUCAAGUUUACAGUUGGGUGCUCAAGAUUCAGCAGAAGCGAUGGAUAACGUGGAGACACGUGCCCACUAAGGAGAAUCCAGCGGACCUGGGGAGCCGCGGAGGACAAGUAAAACAAGAUGAUGAACUCUGGUGGUGCGGGCCGAAGUGGCUGUCAGACCCAAGUGCUUGGCCAGAAGAUAUAACAACCACCGCAACCGCAGAAACAUUAGCAGAAGCUAAGACGGUGAGGGAGAUUUUCAAGUUCGCUGACAACAAAGACGUAAAUGAGCUCGACGAGCUGCUUCACAAACACAACCUAUGGCCGAAAGAGCGCGAGGAACAGUUAGCAUUUGAGCGAGCACAGCUCAAACAGAAGCUCGAAUACGAAUUAAAAAUAGAAGAGUGUAAGAAGAAUCAGGCAACAAAGGCAAGCGAAAUCAAAACCAGCGAGGUACAGCGCACGAAGCUUCCCAAGCUAACAAUUGCUAAGUUCAAUGGUUCUUACACAGAUUGGCUCCGUUUCUGGAAUAUUUUUGAAGCAGAAAUAGACAGUUGCAGUGACUUAGCUGGUGUAACAAACCUCGCUUAUCUGAAGGAUCUCUUGGUUACCAAAGUUAGAGCCGAAAUCGAUGGCCUCCCAUUCUCGAGUGAGGAGUAUGAGCGCGCUAAAAACAUCCUCAAAAGCAAGUAUGGGAAAACUUCAGAAGUAGUUAAUGCUUACGUACAAAACAUAAUGGCGUUACCGACGAUAAGCGGUUCAAACCCAGUAAAAAUCCAUCAGUUUUAUGAGAAUUUAUUGUUCAAUGUGCAAGCGUUAGAAACGUUAGGAAAGCUAAAGGAAGUUAAUGGGAACGUGAGAAUGUCCAUUGACAAGCUGGAAGGCAUACGAAGUGAUCUGGUGAGAACAGAUGACGACUGGCAGACCUGGGACUUUCCGAAGUUCGUGGACGCCCUGCGUAAGUGGACGGAACGGAAUCCUUUACCUGUCAAAGUCAAUGACAAGAACCGGGAGCUCCCGAGCUUUCCAAUUUAUCAAACGCUUCAGGGGGACACGCCUUUGCGCAGCUGUGUCUAUUGUGACAGCGCGGAACACCGGUCACACGAGUGCAGUAAAGUGACCCAGCCAUCUCAAAGGAAAAGAAUUCUCCAACUCAAGAGCCUAUGUUUUAACUGCACGGGAUCCGAUCACAAGGUCACCGAAUGCAGGAGCAGAAGAAGAUGUUUCGUGUGCAAGCGAAGACAUCACACAUCGAUCUGUGACAAAACGGAAAUGGCAGAAAAUUCGAUGACAGCUUCUCAAGCAGGUGAUGGCCCAGUGGUGUACCCCGUGGUUGUCGUAGAAGUCGCUGGAGUGAAAUGUCGAGCUUUGCUGGAUUCCGGGGCGGGCAGCUCGUACGCCUCAGCUGCACUCAUUGAGCAAAUCGGAGCACGAUCUCAUCACUCUGGGAUGCGCAAGAUAGAGAUGAUGCUAGGCACAGUUAACCGAACCAUGGACAUUUACCGAAUCAAGCUACGCUCGCUCAAGGGAGACUUCGAGAUGGAAGCUGACGUUACUAAAGUGGAGAAGCCUCAACUCAUGAUGUUAAAGAACCCCCAUUACAAGAACAUUCUAGCGAAAUAUCCCCAUCUGAAGGGCGUGACCAUGGAUGACGCAGAUGAUAAAGCUCGCCUACCAGUUCACCUUAUCCUUGGUAACAGUGAAUGCCCCAGAAUAAGCACCACCGAGCCUCAACGCGUGGGAAGAGAGUGGGAUCCAGUUGCAAGUUUGGUUGGACCAUCACUUCGCCGGGCCAGGAACUAG